AACGAGGUCUCGUUUUGUAGGUGAAGGUUUAUGCGAAAGUACGGCUUUUUCGAAUUUUUGAAAGAGCUUUAUUUUUACCUAUAAUCUAUUUUCGAAAAAACAUCAUUCUUUGACACGAUUUUUUCCAAAGAAUACAAAACUUUUUCAAAAAUUCGAAAAAGCCAUAUUCUCAUUAAAAGCUUUUUCUUUAAAAUGAGAUCAUGUACAUCAAAAUCUGCAAAAAAUUACGGUUGUACUCAUUGUUGGCAUAACCAUUAAAAAAGUAACAUCGAUGAUCAGUUUUAAAUACUUUCCCUCCAGUUGCUUCGUAUUUUUCACGCGUAGGGGUUGGGUGAUACUUUCGUUAUUCUUUAUCUUUAAUCUUUAUAAUUUUAAUCUAGAUACUAAAUAUAUAAAACAAACUAUUAAAUUAAAAGAGAAUACUUCGACAUAUUAAUCGAAAAGAUGGAUUUGCCUACACUAAUUGCAUUUGAUUUUGAUCAUACAAUUGUUGAUGACAAUACUGAUUUUGUGGUUCGUAACUUAUUGUCAGAAGAUCAGUUAACUGAUGAAGUACAAAAUUUAUAUCUUACAAACGGAUGGACGUUAUAUAUGAAAAAAAUAUUUGAAUUACUUCAUCAAAAUUCAAUUGGAUUAAAAGAAAUAGAAGCAGCUAUAACCAAUAUAUCACCAACUCCAGGAUUUGAUAUUCUUUUAAAAGAAUUACACUCUCUUGGAUAUGAAAUAAUUAUUAUCAGUGAUUCCAAUUCCUUAUUAAUAGAUAUAUGGUUGAAGAGUAGACAAUUGGAUAAUUUAAUUACUAAAGUAUUUACAAAUCCUGCACAUGUUUCUGACGAUGGUAUGAUACAGAUAAAAAUGUAUCAUGUUCAAGAUUUUUGUAAACUAAGCAUGGUCAAUUUAUGUAAAGGUCACAUAUUAGAAAAUUACAUUAAGGAAAGAUCAGAGGCAGGAAUUCAUUUUAAAAGAAUUGUAUAUGUUGGAGAUGGAAAAAAUGAUUUCUGCCCGGUAUUACGUUUGUCAGAAAAUGAUUUAGCAUUUCCUAGAAUGGAUUAUCCGCUUUUAAAAAAAUUGAAUGAAUGUAAAAAUAAUGAAACUUGUAAAGUAAAAGCAACAAUCAUUCCUUGGUCCAAUGGAUUUGAAAUUUUACAUAAUUUGAAUAAGUAAAUUAAAUUAUAGUAUA